AUGACCGAUGACCUGCGGAGUUCGUUGCGGACCACGUCGAUUCGCGAGGAGCGCGAGGAGCGCCAGGAGCGCCAGGACCCACCGGAUAGCCCGGCGAACGCGACAGGCGACGACCAGAGCUGCGUGCCUAUGGUGAUGCACAUCGACCUGCCGCCCCCGUUGCACCCCCGGACCCUGAUCCUGGGGGAGCCGGUGCUGCAGAGGUACUACACCGUCUUCGAUGCAACGGCCAAUCCAAAUCCGCGCGUGGGCUUCGCGCCCGCGCUGCACGGGAAGGCAUGA